AAUUUCUAACAAAAAAGAAACAACCCAAAAAUUAUAAAAAACGUUUGCAUAGAUGUACAAACACUAUAUAUUAAUAUUUGCAAUAUUAUAUUGUCCCUUAUCUAAUUAUUUUUGUCAAUGCAAACAAAGUUCGCAAGAUAAUUCUAACAAAGGACAUGCAGCACAUAAAUUUGAUAACUUUCAUCACCCUCAACAUGAUAAAUAUUCAGAAGAAAUGGCUAAUGAUGCAGAGAGUCACUAUGAUCAUGAGCACUCCCAUAAUUCUCAUCACGAUCAUUCAAAAAUGAAUGAGAAUUCAGAUCACAAAGCUGAAGCACAUGCUCACUCUUCUCAUUUUGAUGAUGACCAUACACACCACCACCAUCAUCAUAAAGUGAUAAAAGAUAACUUAAAUGCACCAAUAAAUAUGAACAUUUGUAUUUAUUCAAUGCUAUCAACUCUACUUAUAAGCAUUGCUCCAAUAUUUAUAAUAAUGUGUUUGCCUAAUUUAGCAACCAAAUCCUCUUCAGCUUCUUCUUAUUUAAGGAUUCUUCUAGGUUUUGCUGCAGGUGGGCUUUUAGGAGAUGCAUUUUUACAUCUUAUUCCCCAUUCAUUGCUAGAAUAUAGUGCUUCCAUAUCAUCCACCCUUGAUCCCGAGACGCGAGAAGAAGAACUGGAAAAGAUGUACAAUUUAGUUGGUAUAAGGGUGUUAUCUGGAGUUUUGGCUUUUCUUUGUGUAGACAAAAUAAUGAGAAUCGUUAAAUUCGAGCAUGCGCUCGAUCAUAAACACGAGAGCCAUGCUCAUUUGUUUAACGACGUAAUGGUAAAAGAGAAAGCAGAGGAUCUUGUUUCAUUUUCAAAUAAUUCUGAUGAUCAAUCCACUAGUGGACUCAGGUCAAGGCGUAAACUCAACGAAAAUGUAUCAAAUCACUUAGAUAUAGUGGACAAAAAAAUCAAAGGAGAUCAUUCUUCAGCUUAUUCAAAAUCUGACGAGAACAAUGAUUAUGAUUAUACCACUCAUGAUAUUGGCUUGAAAACCGCAGCUUAUCUGAACUUAGUGGCCGAUUUUGCUCAUAAUUUUACUGACGGUUUGGCAAUCAGCGCCUCUUUUAUAGCGGGAAGUUCUGUCGGGAUUUUAGCAACCACAACUAUAUUGUUGCAUGAGGUACCCCACGAAAUCGGUGAUUAUGCCAUUUUGAUCCAAUCUGGAUGUUCAAAGAAAAAGGCCAUUCUACUCCAAUUCCUCACAGCUGUCGGCGCCCUUACUGGCACAGUACUCGGUCUAGCCUCCAAGCAUUAUUUUCAUUCAUUCAUGUCAACUUCUUGGAUUCUUCCCUUUACUGCCGGGGGGUUUAUUUACAUAGCGGCGGUCACAAUAUUACCAGAAUUACUGAGUAAAGAGGAAGAUAAGGAGGGAAGCAGAUCACUCAUUAGGUGUUUGCAAGAAAUUUUAGCAUUGAUAGUCGGGAUUGGACUCAUGGUCGUGCUAAUUUAUUACGAAUGAACGAGAACGCGUUUUAAUUAUAUUGGUGAUUGGGAAUAUUUAAGGCUUGCAUCUUAUUGAAAGUUUUCAAUUGACGCAUUCGAGUUGUGUGAUGAUAAACAAAUUUUAAACAAUAUUUUCGAAUUUUACACGACAUAUUGAUUUUUUAUAUCUAUAUUUUUUUUUAUAAAAUUUUCAAUUUUUGUCAAUGACUUGAUACGUCAACAAUUAUCUUUUUUUUGGCCUACUUAUUAAUUUAGAUUAAUAUAUAUUUUUUAAAAUUACUUCAUUUAUAAUUAUAUUUUAGAGGCUGAGUUGGGCAUUACAAUACAAAUACCAUUUAUUUUACAGUUUUUUCUAAUCUUCUUCAAUAUUUAAUUGCUUAUAAUAAAAAUAGAUUCGCCGGUCAU